ACAACUUUUCCAUAGUUGUCUUCUGUAUUUUUGCCUGAGUAAAAUUAGAGAGUUUUUUAUUUGCCAUCACUUUUAGAAAAAUAUUUAGCACUCAUUUAUUGACUGAUGUGUUGUUGUUCUGGUGCAUGUGAUUUUUACACUGACAGAGGGGAAGUGGAAGUACCUCAUAAUAGUUGUUGUUUUUUGUCUUCUAUCUGAGUAGAAAUCAGCAUCUUGAAAAUGAAGAGGCCAGAUGUGAUGAACAGCUCUUAAACCAGUUAACAUGCUUGCUUAGCUGGAAAAAAACUCUGAACAAUCUGAAACUAUUCAAUUUGCAAGGUGCUAGACUGUAUUAACUAGCUAAGGGUUUGCUUUGUACUCUUAUACUGCUGUGCUGCAGAGAUCGUAGGCAAGGUUCUGCAGCACCCAUGCAGGUAGGUUUCCUUUAGUGUGCCCAGGGGUUGGUCUGUCAGGAACCUGCAUGAUAACCAGCAGUAGGUUCAAGGCAGUAGUCUCAGCAACUGAAGUGAAUACUGAAUAGAUGGUGCCCAUUACCUGAUAUGUGGUGAAAUGACAUCUUUUUUUUUUUUUUUUUUUUUCCUAGUUCAGAAGCACGCUGAGCAAAAUUAUUGGCACUGUGCUUGGCAGUUGUGAUGAAAGUUUCUGUCAGGGGAGGACUUCAGCUCUGGGCGUUUUGCCCCUGCAAAUGUUGUAGAGUCAGUCUUAAUCCUGCUGUGAUCUUUUUCAUGUAACUUUUUCCCACUGUAACUACAAAAGUCAUUGCCAUGUAUAAAACGUUGAUUUCCAAGUGCUAUUGCUCAGUCUCAAAUUCAUGAGGCACUGUGCUGCCAGUCAGGAACUGGUAUCGUGUAGUUGCGUGGAAGUUGUGAGUUUGCAGGUAAAUGCAUUUAUUUGUGGCUUACCGGGUUUUAGUGUUGUUCUUACCACACUUCCGAGAAUUACUGCUCUAAACUUUGCCUUUCUGUAGUAACCACUAUUACCACUAUUGGAUUUUUAUAAGAUAUGAAAUAUAUUAAUAUGUGAAGUUUUUUAUGAAGUUUGUAAUGAAAUUAUAAAUGACUUUGAAAAUUUUUAUGACGAGCUUCAAGACAAUUUGACUAAAUCUAAAGUCCAGUACUUGGAACAGUAUUAUCUGAAUGUUUGGCAUACCAGUAAAGCUUAUGAAAUAUCAGCAACUGGCAUCAGUUGUUGGCAAAGGUGUUCUUUUGGGUAGCUUCUCUGGAUCAUAUACAGAAUUUGUGUAGAUUCUACAGACCUGUAGAGGAUUUAGAAGUGAUGGAGCAGUAGUAAUGCUUGUCUUUGUCUCAUGACCAGCAAAAGAUGAGUGAUCUGGGCCUUGUAAACAGUUAAGUGUUUGGGAUCCAAUUUUUCAUCAUUCUCUCUCCCACCUGGAACAGUUCUCCCACUGUUUCAGUUUUAAAAAUUGUGUACUGGAUAUUAAAUAUGUAUGAAUAGUUCAGUUUGGACAGUUUCUGGACACAUCCGGUUUUAACAACUUUGCACAUUAUAAACCUUUUUUGUGUUACGGGAUAUUUGAGGUUGUGUAGUGUGGUGAUGAAGAAUUUGGACUGGUAAGGACCACUUGGGAGGUUAUCUGGUCCAGUUCCCUGCUGUAAGCAGAGCUAGCUUUGAAGUCAGAUCCGUGUGAGUUUUGAAAGUAGGCAAAGACAGUCAUUCUUCAGCUGUGGUGCUUGAGCCUUCUCGUUUCUGCGCUUAUUUUCCUCAUCUCCAAUUGAGUUUUCUAUGUUGCAGGCGUUGGCUGUUGCUGAAGGUAAGUGGAGGACUGCAGUUAGUGCCUCCUUUAGCCUCCUGUUGUCCAGACUGAGGAAGUAUACUCCCCUCAGACUUUAUAGUGCUGUGCUCCGGGUGCCUCAUGAUUUUGUCGGCACUCUGCUGGACUGUUGAGUUUGUCAUAUAGUGAGGGUUCAAAACUGGACACAGUAUUUCAGAUGGGGCCUCACAAGUGCUCAUGUAGUUCUGUGGCAAGUCAAAAACAGACCAGGAAGCUCAUUCAAAUUGAAACAGAUCAAUGUAUUUUGUCAAAUCAAUUUUCUUUGCUAGUUCAAAGCCCAGAGCUGAUGUGAGGAAGGUGAACAGGAGAGCUUCAGGGCAGCGUGUUGGUUUGUGCUGCGGUUUAACUUGGACUGUUGGAAGGAGGAUGGAGGCUUUCAGGCCGCACGGUAGCAGCGCCUCAAAGGAUUGACCUGCAUAGCUGGUAGUUCCUUGCCAGCUUAAUGGCUUUCGCUCUCUUAUAAUCUGUUUGAGAGUGUGCAAUAAAGGGCAGCCUGGUUAUUUCCUAGCAAUUAGCAGGGAUGUUGUUACAAAUAGGCAGUAUGCCUUCUCCAGGUACCAUGAAGCAAGUUUCAGGGAGUAUCAGUUGGGUAGUGACUACUAAUUAGUUAGGCAUUGACACUUGGUAAAUCAGUUGGAUGCAUUAGCAGGGCUGAGUUUGAAAAACGGAAUGUUGCAUUUAAAUUAAAAGACACCGUUGAACUGUGCUGCUGAUAAUGAUCUGUGUUGGGGUACAGUGUGGCAGAUACCCAUGAGGCUGUGCGGGUGUUUCUCCCCAGCUGUCUCUCUCACUGGGGCACACAGCUAGGCCUCACCAGGCCUCGUGCCACUGCCCAUGGGCCGAGACCCCAGCCAGCUGAGCCAAAGCCAGAAAUGAGCCUGCGCCAGUGGUCUCCAGACAUUGUCAGUCAAACACACCUAAUAUAUGAAUAUUUAUUUAUAAAUUAUAUACACAGACUGCUGAAGUUGUAAUGUUUUCUUCCCGUGCGUCCCCUGGGUUGCACUCAUAGUGCUUAGCAGGCCACUGGUCCGCACCGUGCGGCUCUCAUCUAGUUCUCACUCACUGUGUAGAGUUAUGUUUUCAUGCUGUCUUGGUAAUGUGAGUUGUACGCAUUUCAUACAUCAGUAAUUUUGUCCACUGUGUUAACAAACACUACAUUUGUUUAACUUGGGUAUCAAAAGACAAAAAGGACAGUUGGAAAGAAAAAGCAGUAAGCUUUUCUACUGUUUGUGCUGGAACAAGCACAUUGGGGAAAUUUCAUGGGGUAGGCUAAUGUUUAUUUUACACUUUCAAAUGACAAUUUCUGUCAAGGUCACAUGUUGCUCAAGUGGCCCUCUUUUACAGAAAGACUGCACAGAUAGCUGUACAAGAAUUUAAUUUGUACACCUUUUUUGUUGCUGUCUGAAGUUAGCAGAACACAAAUGGUCAUUGAAAAUUGGCAUCAGUUAGAAAGAAUUAAAUGUGUAGUUACGUCGUUAGGUAGACCUUGGGUACACGUUGUGAAAUGCUAACAGAAUUUGUUCUAAAUAGGUAGUGAGCUUAUGUGACUUGGUUGUGAACUUGACUCUUCCCUCACAGACCACUUGUAUGUGUGAGUGGUGUUCCAGCUGCGUGUUGGUCCUGUGGUAUUUCACAGACACACUGCCAUCCGGCAUCACACCAGUGUGGUGUUACACAACCCUCACUGGGGGGAUGUUGAGGUGGUAGUGAUGUAUUUUUUGGUUUAUUUGUGGUUUUCAAAGUGUUGAGAGUACAGCAGCCUCUUCAACUGGACGCUGCUGUAAGAAUUCUGCUAGCGAUGGCAAAAAUUUUGGUAGAGCAUGUUAGUUGUACUGGGAGGACUGGUAGUUGCUCAUGGAGUUUACAAAAAUGUAGCUGUUUUCUUCAUUUUUGUCUUUAUUGUCUUGUAAACUGAUAGGAGCUUACAGUAAGGUAGAUUUUUCUUGUGUAGUGAAUAGACAGUAAAAACACAGCAAUGAAUUUUUCUAAUGAAGUGAGCUAAGUGUUUAGCAGAAGGGCUGAAUAGUAGAAAGCAUGUAUUACCAUUCCGAUUUUUUCUCCUUGGCAUUUUCCUGCUGUUUUUUUUUUUUUUUCCUCUUGCAAUUUUUAUAAACACAAGUUUUCCAGAGUUUGGUGAACUUAGCAAAUUCAUCUCAUUUGUGUUAGUAGUUUUAAUACCCAUCGGAGUAGUGGUUGAACAAAAUUCUGUGCAGUCACUUGGACUUUCCCACAAUGUUGUCAUGGAUGAUGAUGAUGAUGAAUCCUGUCUCCUUGAUCUUAUUGGGGACCCACAGGCACUGAAUUAUUUUCUGCAUGGACCUAGUAGUAAAUCUAGCAACGAAGACUUGACAAAUGCAGAAUAUUCUGUAGCCAACUCAAAUUCCAUUUUCGCCAACUCCAAUAACACUGACCCUAAGUCGUCUGUAAAAGGUGUAAGCAGUCAGCUUGGAGAGGGGCCUAGUGAUGGACUGCAGCUGUCCAGUAGCCUUCAAUUUCUUGAAGAUGAACUUGUAUCUUCUCCUUUACCUGAUCUUAGUGAGGAUCAACCUUUUGAUAUUCUUCAGAAGUCCUUGCAGGAGGCCAAUAUUACUGAACAGACUUUGGCAGAAGAGGCAUAUUUGGAUGCCAGCGUAGGUUCUAGUCAACAGUUUGCACAAGCUCAGCUUCAUCCUUCUUCAUCAGCAUCCUUUACUCAGGCUUCUAAUGUUUCUAAUUACUCAGGUCAGACGUUGCAACCUAUAGGAGUUACUCAAGUGGUACAGCAACCUGUUGGAGCAUCUUUUGCAAGCAAUACAGUCGGCGUGCAACAUGGCUUUAUGCAACAUGUUGGAAUUAGUGUUCCCAGCCAGCAUUUGUCUAACAGCAACCAGAUUAGUGGUUCUGGGCAGAUACAGCUAAUUGGUUCAUUUAGUAAUCAGCCUUCCAUGAUGACCAUUAAUAACCUCGAUGGAUCUCAGAUAAUACUGAAGGGCAAUGGUCAGCAGACACCUGCAAACAUGAGCAGUAGCCUCCUGGUUCAUAGACAAACUCCUAAUGGUAACUCACUGUUUGGGAACUCAAAUACAAGUCCUGUAGCACAACCUGUGACGGUUCCGUUUAACAGCACAAAUUUUCAGACAUCCGUACCUGUCCAUAAUAUCAUAAUUCAGAGGGGUUUAGCACCAAAUUCUAACAAAGUACCCGUUAAUAUCCAACCAAAGCCUGUCCAGAUGGGUCAGCAAUCUGCUUACAAUGUGAAUAACUUGGGAAUACAGCAACAUCAUGUACAGCAAGGGAUUCCGUUUGCUUCUGCAAGCUCACCUCAGAGUUCAGUAGUUGGUCCUCAUAUGUCUGUUAACAUUGUUAAUCAGCAAAAUACAAGAAAAUCAGUUACACCUCAGGCAGUUGGUAACGCUGGAGGUAGUAUUGUUAUCCAUUCUCCCAUGGGACAGCCUCACGCACCUCAAAACCAGUUUCUCAUACCUACGAGUUUGUCUGUUAAUUCUAACUCAGUUCAUCAUGUCCAGGCCAUAAAUGGACAGCUUCUUCAGACUCAGCCUUCCCAGUUGGUUCCUAGCCAAGUGUCUGCUGAGCAUGUAAUGCUCAACAGGAACUCCACAAACAUGCUGAGAGCCAACCAGUCGUAUUCCGGACAGAUGCUGAAUAAUCAGAACACAGCUGUUCAGCUUGUUUCUGGCCAGACCUUCACAGCUCCUGGAAACCAAGUUAUAGUAAAUCACGGAACUUCACAGAUUGUUGGCGGACAGGUGCCACUGCAGCAGGCGUCACCAACAGUGUUGCAUUUGUCACCUAGUCAAGCUAAUGCUUCUCAAGGUAGAUCGGGUUUUGCGACAAUGUCACCUGGGCAAUCUACAGUCUCAAAUAUGUCAGCUUCUAAUCGAUUCGCCGUUGUAAGUUCUUCUGGUUCAGUACAUCCUAGCUUGGGACCAUCGGUUCAGUCUGUUGCAUCUGGAGGAAACUUUACUGGAGAUCAGCUCACACAGAACAGGACUCAAGUUCCCGUCAGUGCAUCACAUCGUCUUCCAGCAUCCUCUUCCAAAUCCAUCAGCACCUUUAGUCACACAUCAGUUGGAGUAACACAGCAACAGUUCGCCUUCAGUCAGAAGAAAGGUAUGAACCAGACGUCACCAGUUUCUGCAUCAAAGGCUCAAGAUAAUUUGAGACAACAUCAGCUGUCAAGCCUUCUGAGCAACACGCUAUCAGGGCAGGACUCUGGAGGAAAAAUCAUACAGCAAUCUCUAGGAACAUCGCAAGAAAAAGGAGUAGGAUCAUCUUCAGUUCAGUGUAUACAGGUGGAUGGUCAUUUAGUUGGACAGAAACGACCUGCUGCUAAACAGUUAACUAAAGGAGCUUUUAUGCUACAGCAGUUACAGAAGGAUCAGAUGCAAGCUGUGACACCAGAUAAAAGUCAGUUCAGAUCAUUAAAUGAUGCAGUUCAGAGACUCCUUUCAUAUCAUGUGUGCCAGGGGUCGCUGCCAACUGAGGAAGACUUAAGAAAAGUGGACAGUGAAUUUGAAUCUGUAGCUACACAGCUACUGAAGAGGACACAAGCUAUGCUGAACAAAUACAGAUGUUUACUUAUAGAAGAUGCAAUGCGGAUAAAUCCAUCUGCAGAAAUGGUUAUGAUUGAUAGGAUGUUUAACCAGGAAGAAAGAGCGUCUCUGACCCGAGAGAAGCGUCUUGCACUAGUGGAUCCUGAUGGUUAUCAGGCUGAUUUUUGUUGUUCUGCCAAACAAUUUGAUAAAACAGCUGAUGAAGCACAGACCAGCAAAAGUGACCAUCAGUCUAGCAAAACAUUACCUUCUCGAAGUCAGACUACCAAAACCCAAGCCAGAGACCGACCAAAAUCCAGCUCAGCAGAGUCCACAAAUCACAGUAAACUUCCUCUAGUGCCUAACAACAUUUUGACAUCACAAGAAGGAACUACUAAAAAAUCGGAGAGCCUCACUAAAGCUUUAAAGUUUGAGAAAGCUAAUUGUUCUUCUGGGAGCCAAUACAAGGCCCUUUCUGAAGAAAAGGUGGCUGGUAAAGUUCUUACCAAGUCAGCUGAGAAUUCUUUGAGUUCUGAAGACUUGUCAAAAACUGUAUCAAGAGGCAAUCAUGGAACACACAAUAAAAUAUCAAGGAAUACAGUCCAAUCUUUCUCAAAGGUAACAUGUAAUAAUUCCUUCAAAGACAAAAGUCUGAGGAGCCCUCCAAAGAAUGAGGUUUUACAUCCUGAUAACAUGAAAGGCUCCAGUGAACCCCAGCAAGACUUACUGCUGAAUAAGAGUUUAGAAACGACAUUUAAGAAUAUCUUGGAACUUAAAAAAACCGGGAGACCGACACAAAAUGAGGCAUCGAGUAGUGGCUCUGUUGACUUAGAAUUUCCUAAUUUUUCACCUCUUGCUUCACAGGAAAACUGCUUGGAAAAAUUUAUUCCAGACCACAGUGAAGGUGUAGAAACUGACUCUAUUUUAGAAGCAGCUGUAAAUAGUAUCUUAGAGUGUUAAUAGUUACAAUACCCUGGAAAAGUUAUGUUUCUCUUAGGAGAAGCAAAUGUGAAUGACACCACAAGUACAGCCUGACAUACAUUUAAGGUUAACCUUUCUAAACUAGAUUCUGUUCUGUGUUUGAGAGCAAUACUCAUUGUGGUUACAGUGAGAUAGCCAAGUAAAGUUAAUCCUUGUUAGAAUGCAGUCUGUUAGGGCCUUACUGUUUCAAGUAUUAUUAUGAUAGUGCUUUUGAUAAUUGUGCAGUCCUGCAGCGUAACAAGGUUGCAGGUCGUUAGGCCCUAUGUAAUAUGGUAAUAUACUGACAAUCACAGUCAUUUGAAAGGAUAUAUUUAUUAAGAAAACUUUUUUUUUUUUUAGAAGUGAUGGAAGCAACAAUUCUCCCCUACCCUUUUCCACAAAUCAUCAGAUUUUUAAGUUGUUCUGGAAAACCCACUGUACCUCUAUUCAGAAGUGAUAAUUUGCUUUGUUAUGGAAUCUGUGUUCUAGGGGUCUUAAGUUGGAAGGAUGUCAUCACUGUGUUAACAAGAUUUCAUAAGUUGAACUGAAAGUGCUUUUCUAUUGCUUUUUGAGCAGAAACUAGUACUUGAUAUAUUUGUAGUGGGUAAGUUUAGUCUGUGAGAUGAUAUUAUAUGGUCUUAGUCACAGUGGCAUGAUAUGAAGUAAUAAAUGCUUGACUAAGGAAGGUAGAAUGGAAGCCAGUAAAUGGCUUCUUGUGUACAGGAUGAGGCCAUGAUAGAGCCAUGAAUUUAUAUAUAUAAUACAUAUAUAUUAACCCUUCCUCAAGAGAUAUCGCAUUUUAUAAUUGGAUGUAGUCAGCCUUGAGUCUUUCUGAAGUGAUAUAAUUUUUUUAUUGUUUUUUUCUUUUUUUUUUAUUUUUAGACCAAGUGUCAGAAGCACUUUUAUUUGAAAACUGUUAAGAUAUUUGUAGCUUAUAUUUUAAGAGGACAUUAGCCUUACUCUGAAAAAAUUUAAAGGCCAGUGUUUAUUUUUGAUUUUUUUUUUUUGCUUUUGCUGUCAGAGAAUGUUGAAGCAUCCACUGUAGCAGUCAUAAUUAUCAAGAUAUGUACAGACCAAAGUUGAUCAGCAGUCCCAUUGUUAAAACAUAUCUAAAAGUGUGUAAUUAUUAAUUCAUAUUGUAGAGCCAAGUGAAACUAUUGCAUGGUUUGCAUUUGGCUUGCUGUCAUAUUGGUAAGAUAGAAUCUUAUUAUUUUAUUUAUUUAUUUUAAUCUAUGACGUCUUUCUUUUUGCUGCCCAUGCUGCUUUUUCUUAGUUUGCUUUGGUCAUGAGUGCUUUCUCGUGCACAUAAAUGCGCUGACAUUAGUCUCGUGCAUGUAGUACGUAUGUCUGCUCAGGAGGAUACAGCUUUUGUGAUUUCUAAGGUAUGCUUAUGUUCUCCCCCAGACCUCCCUUCCAGUUUCUUAGAAAUUACCAGUCAUUUUCCAGACUUAAUGAUUACAGUCUUCGUAAUCUAGAGGCUCGUUGUGACAAGCUGUGGUUGUCAGUUAGAUUGCCAGGAAGGAAAGCAAAAGGUAGAGUUUUGCUGUCACGUAAUUCAGUCCAUCUGAAUAGUGUAGAAAGAAAGCAGAAUUAUGUCCUUGGGACAGUGACAGAUUACAGCGUAACUCAGUAUUGAGCUACAGUCCACUGUCUGACCGCUAAAGGAAACCAAAUCUAGAAAGGAACAUGAGAAAGAUGAACUUGUUUAAAAUUCAUUUUCCCUUUGAAGUGGAUGGAAAUACUGUUGUUUUUUUUGUAUAUUACUAGUUGCCAUUUAAAAAAAUUGUGCCAAUUUUAAAGUACAUGUUUGUAAAACCCGACAUUCCCGAGUGUUGUGUAAAAUAUUCAAAGUAAUAACAAGUAUUGCCAGUUUUAAAUUUUUAGCUAAGUAUCCAUAGAAUAGACUCUCAGGCAGUUAUUUGUUUUCUUAUGGACGAAACUGACGAUUUGUCUUCACCUGUUGCCUUUUUAGAUUUAAUAAUAUGCUCAUGGCUGUGUAUUCUGAUGUGUAUAUACUUUAUGAUUUUGGAAAUUUAACCAUUCUAAACCAUCUGGGAAGAAAAACAGUAAGUUACACAGCUGUAUGCUAACUAGUUAAUUCUUUUCUUUCAUAGAGGAAAAAAAAGUUGCACAUUUGUUGAAACGCUUUUUGUGCCACCUCAAAAAUGGGAACAGCGUCUGUACAGGGAACACAUAAUCGAUGUAUCAGGCUGUGUGUCUUCUCUUGGCUCUUAUUUGGGGAUGGGGGACAAUAACAUUGAAAAGGACAAAUUGCAAAAAGUAAUGAUUGACCUGGUUAGACACAUUUCCCUGAACUACUUAUGAGAGGAACCCAUUGAAUGAUCCUAGCAAGGUAAAUGUUAGCUCGAUCAUGUUCUGUUGUUCACUCCUUUGAAUUCAGUUCUAAAGGAAUUCUGGUACGUGGUGAAGCAGGAAAUGAAAGACUUGUACUUUUGUUGUGGGUGUUUUUUUUUGUUUUGUUUUUUUUUUUGGAAGAUGUCUAGAUUAAUCAUAUGGGCUCAAAUCCAGCAAAGUAUUGUGAAUGUGCAUGACUUUAAACAUGUUUUCAUUAUUUUGCUGGAUCGGCAUUGUGUUUUCAAUGUUAUUUAAUACUGCCUAAUAUUAAAACAAAUUUUAAACUGGCAAUUAAGAUGUUCAUUUUGAAGAUUUUAGUAUAAUUUAUCUGUUAGAUUAGGGAGGCCUUACAGACUGACUUCACUUAAAGAGGAUGUGUCACUUAUUGUCAGUGUGGUAUGGACUUUAUUUGCUUAAAUACCUUCAUUUGUAAAGUAUGUCUCACUUGAAAUUGCUUUGUAUACAUUUUGUAAAAAUAUUUAUAAAAUGUUUUGUAAAAAAAAAAAAAAAGUAUAACAAAUUGCAGUUUAUUUUGUUAUGUUGGAUAAAUACUGUUAAAAGACACAAGUCAGUAAAUAUAUUGUUAAUCCAUGGAUAGGAAAUGUUUAGUUGGAGAUUACAAAUUGAAACAACCAUUGCAAUACAGCCAAAGAUUUGGGAAAAAUG